GCUUAAACUGCGAGACUGCCAAUAGCUCGUCAAGGGCAUCAAAAUGGUAGUAAUGAGUCUCAUGCGCCCGGCCCUUGGCCAGGGCUUAAGGACUAUUUCACUUCGAUGUGGUAUUGUUGCAUGCAGAGUCCAACAAAAGUCACCACCACUAUCUCUGGCUCGGCAGAUGGGAAGUCACAACCGAAUGCAAGUGGUGCCUUCACGGUUUGAAUGGGAACGCUGGAAGAAUGAUGUGCACUUUUACGUGUUUCUUGGUUUGGUACCAAUGGGGCUUCUUAUCACCUACUGCAAUCUGUUCAUUGGUCAAGCAGAAUUAGCAGAUAUCCCUGAGGACUAUGAACCUAUGCCAUGGGAGUACCACAAGGGCCCCAUUCAGCGUUUCUUUGUCAAGUACAUCUAUGAGUAUCCAGAAAAGCAGUAUGAAAGGACCUUGCAUCUUCUCUGGGAAGAAGGUGAAAAGCGGAAAAUGAGAAUACUUGACAAAAAAGUGAGAGCAUUAAUGCAUGAUCGUCAAGAUUACAAGGGCUGGUAUUAUACUCCAGUGGACAAAGCACGUAUUGAUUAUGCCAAGAAGGCCCAAGAAGAGUGGGAUGAAGUGAAAGGAACAAGCUAGAGUUAUAGCUCAAACGGUGGACUGUGAACUUUCAGUGUCUUUUUGUCAUGUCUGCCUGUAACUGUGUACAGAUUAUGCCUUGAAGAUUAAAAUUUACUGAAAUGUG